AUGCUAGCCUGUGGAGGUGCUUGGUACUCCAGUAGCCAAGAGCCUCCGUCCAGCACCGAAACUCCAUCUACCGGCGAUGUGGUGCCCGCAGAGGGUGGCACCGAACCCGAGACCAGCGAGGCUCCAGUCGAUAGGUACGCAGGCCUCGACCCAAACUACCAGUACAGCAAGGCGCAGCUGGCACACUACGCUCCCGACCCAGAGAAGCACAAGAGGUUCUUGCCCCGUCUGUCACGCAAAGACCGCAGCAGCUAUGCCGACCCACAGGUCGAGCAGGAGUUCUUCGAAGAGGCGGAGCGCUUCCCGCGCGUCCCCGAGGGCGUCCCCCUGUACAACCUCCGCGAUGUCGUCCCUGAGAUCUACCAGUCCCGCUCAGACCUGCACGAGACAAUCAAGGCGGCCAAGCAGGCCAUGCCCGACAAGUCCUUGGAUGAGAUCCUGGCGGCGGUUGGCCUGUCGCAUCCCGGCCCGCCCCAGGGUCGCGAGGGGGCGCGCCCCAUCCUGGAGUGGGAGAGCACACUGGUGCUGGUGACGGGCGUGACCGAGUCACACCCCGCCAACUGGAAGGCGCGGUGCAGGGUGUACCUGCGCGACCUGCAGGCCGAGGCGGGGCUGAGCGAGGCGGCGCUGCAGCACAUCGCGCGUAUCGCCGGGCCACGGUACGACCGCGGGACGGGGCGCCUGCGGCUCACCAGCGCCCGCUUCCCCAACCGCGAGGACAACCGGCGGGAGGUGAUGCGGGCGCUGGAGGCGCUGGUGGCGGAGGGCCACCGCGCUUUCCCCAAGGAGCAGGGAGAGGCGGCUGUCGGGCAGGCUGCGGCGGCUCGAGCCUGA